AUGAAGAAGUUGACUGGGACUAUUGUGCGACGGAAGUCUGGUGUGAGACCAAUGAGGAUUGUAAGGUGUAUGAUGAUUUUUCAUGAUACACGUUAUGUUGGAUGUGGUGUUUCCAUUUUUAAGUAUUAUUCAUGCUGGACUUGGACUCUACACGCUUUGAGCCACAAAAUGAAGCAACUUUUGAUCCUUCCAAGCUUCAUAUGA